AUGGAAGAUAAGAAGUAAAGAUUGUUGGAACUGGUAGGAAGAUAGCCAAGAAAUCAAUCAUUCAGUCACAAAAAGAAUAAGAAAGUUUCUUCAAUAGAAUCAUAGAAGUCUCUUAAAUUCACAAAUAACAUAACAAUGGACAGAUCUCAUAUUAACUAGUCAAUGCCUGUUUCUAAUAAAUAUACAAACGCUUACAAUCCUUAUGAGAAAAAUAAGCAAUCAGCAUUCUACUUAAUCAAGUCAAACUAAGAGUCUUUCAAAAUUCAAGAAAAACUUGAUACUAAUAGAUAAAUUAGGAAAAACGACUCAAGUCAAGAUGGAUCAGAUGUGGAAAACUCUGAUGGGUAAAAUUACAGUGAAUACAGUGAUGAAAGAGAGCUAAGGCUAUUGAGGGAAAAAGAAGAAGCAAAUGUUAAGACUUCAUAAGAUAACUAAAAACCAACCAAUAAUUAUAUCGGGCAAUAAUGA